AUGCGGGUGUUGUUUUGGAAUAUCAAUGGAGUUGCACGUGAUGUAGCUCAAGAUAAACUAAAGGAGUUGAUUAGAGAUUUUAAACCUGAUAUUUUUGGUAUUGCUGAACCAAAAGUUCCCUGUUAUACUGGGUUCAGAUAUGGUUUGCUUAGAGAAGGUUAUUCUUCUCAUGUUAUUAAUAAUGCAUCUUCUUCUAGUAUUGCUAAUAUUUGGGUUUGUUAUUCAAAUACUCUUAAUCUUUCAAUUGUUAAUGUCAGUAAGCAGGCAAUAACGGUUGAGGUGGAUGGUGUUCAUGUUUGUUUUGUCCAUGCUAGCUAUAUUCAGGUUACUAGGAGGAGUCUUUGGCAGCAACUUGUUAGUUCUGGUGGUGGUAUUCCUUGGUUAGUCAUUGGGGAUUUUAACUGUAUUCUUCGUUUGGAUGAGAAGAAGGGUGGUCUUGAACCUAGAAGCUCAGCUAUUAAUGAGUUUUCAGAUUGGUUGGAUGACAACAGUCUUUUUGAAGCUGAUGCUUUGGGAAGUAAGUUCACUUGGACGAAUAGACAAUCAGUUUCUGACCAUUCUACUCUUUUGGGUUAUCCUUUUGCUGUUCCAAGACCCAAAAGAGCUCCUUUUCGAGUUCAAAAGAUGUGGUUCUUACAUUCUGAUUUCCUUCGUAUGGUUAGAGAUAGUUGGAAUAUGCCUAUUUCUGGGUCUUUUGAUUUUAUUUUCAGUAAAAAAUUAAAGAGACUAAAAGGAAUUAUCAAGGAAUGGAAUAUUCGUGUUUUUGGUAAUGUGCAUUCUAGGUUAAAGCAGGAUCAGUUGAGGUUUGAGGCAGCUGCUCUUCUUUCUGAUGAUAAACCGGAUGACAUUACUAAGCUAAAUAUUAUGAAGGAUGCUAUGGCUAAACUUAAUGAUACUCGUGCUCAGUUGAAUACUAUGCUUAAGCAGAAAUCUAGAAAUAAGUGGCUUGUGGAGGGUUCAAGUAACACUAAUUUCUUUCAUAAUAGCAUUAGAAUUCGUAGAAGUUCUAACACUAUAUCUGAACUUGUUGACAGUGCAGGCAAUACUAUUUCUGAUUAUGAGCUGCUUAGAAAUCAUGUUGUGCAUUAUUAUGAGGACAAGUUUAAUGGGCCGGAGUUGGAGAUUGAUCCUAUCUUAUUUGAUUAUGGUCAUAUUAGCAUCUCGGAGGAGGAAAGUUUAGCCAUGGACAAAAUUCCAUCUUCUGAGGAGAUUAAACAAGCAGUUUUUGAUCUAGGGGCAGACAGUGCUCCAGGGCCGGAUGGGUUUUCUGGAUGUUUCUAUAGACACUGCUGGGAUAUUAUUCAAGAUGAUUUAUUAAGAGCCGUUAUAUAUUGUUGGAAUUCUGGUCAUAUCCCAAAUGGGGUAAAUUCUAGUCUAAUUGUUUUGAUUCCCAAGGUGGCUUUCAUGAAAGGGCGUAACAUCCAUGAAAACAUUAGUCUUGCUUCUGAGUUGAUUAAUGAGCUUCAUAUCAAUCGUAAGGAUGGUAAUUUAGGCCUUAAGCUUGAUAUCUCACAAGCUUUUGACACAGUCAGUUGGUCUUUUGUCUUGGAGGUUUUUCGUAGUCCGGAGGGUUUUUUCAAGAUAAAUAGAGGUUUACGUCAGGGAGAUCCUCUUUAUCCCUUGAUCUUUGUUUUGAUGGAAGAUGUCCUUAGCAGAAAUAUCACAAAGAUUUUUGCAGAGAAGAAGAUGUCUUACAUGCGUGCUUCGGGUCAGUCUGUUUGUCGCCAAAAGAGUAAAAUUUAUUAUGGUGGUGGUUCGUUGAGUAGACGUAAUUAUCUUGUUGAUUAUUUGGGUAUGAGUGUUGCUUCUUUCCCUGAUCGUUAUUUGGGUGUUCAAAUAAUGCCUGGUGCUGUUAGGAAUUUUAUUUGGUCUGGUGACUCUAAUGGUAGUCGUGCUGUUGUGGUGGCGUAUGAUAAAAUCUGUUUCCCUUUUGAGGAGGGGGGUUUGGGUUUAUCUCGUAUGGCUACUAUGAAUUUUGCAAUGUUGAUGAAGUUAUGGUGGAAAAUCAGUACUUCUAAGAAGAAUUGGGCAGGUUAUCUUAAGGCUAAAUUUUUUAGUCGAAGAGGCUACAUUAAUACUUAUGGGGUGAAGUCUACCAUUCUUCCAGGCAUUAGAAGGGUUUAUAAAUAUGUGGAGGCUAACACUAAAGUUCUUCUUGGUGAUGGCAGGUCUACUUCUCUCUAUUAUGAUGUUUGGUAUGGAGAAAAAUGUUUUGCAGAGAUACUAGAUGAUUUUACUCUUGACAGAUUGGUUUUGGUGAGUGAUUGUUAUAGGGAUAACCAAUGGGUUUUCUCUGAAAAUCACUUGAACUGUUUAAUCGCGGCUGGUGUGGAUAUGCAUAAUCUUCCUUUGCCAAAUGGGGGUGAAGAUAAGAGAGUUUGGAUGCCAAACUUUUCAGGUGAUUUUUCGGUAAGUUCUGCCAAGGAACUUAUUCGUCAGAAACAUGCUCGUGCGUGGUCUUGGAUUUCUGGUAUCUUUGGUAUGUCAGCAAUUUUCAACAUUGUGGCUUCUUUCAAGGCAGCGAAGGGAAGAUGGGCAAUUGUCCGUGACUUGUGGCUGGUGGCGAAUUUAGUAAUCAGGUCAGAACUUUGGGCUAUGCGCAAAAAAUGCAUCUUUGAGAAACAGAAAUCGAGCUGGAGUCUUUUUUCUAAAAGAGUGCUGAAGCUAAUACAAGAAUAUUCAGUCCGUCUUAAAGGGUUUAUGCGCAACAGUGUGGAAGAUAUGGUGCUGUUGGAUUACUUCCGUGUGGUUCAUAGAAGUGUUAGACACCAGCAGCCUAUUGAAGUGUUAUGGAAGCCUCCGGAUCUUAAUGAGAUUCUAAUUUGUUGUGAUGGAGCUGCGCGUGGGAAUCCAGGCAUUGCGGGAGCAGGAGUGGUGGCAAGAGACUCUAGCUGUGCAGUUCUUGGUGCUUUGAGUAUUGGUCUUGGAGUUACUACAAACUAUUUGGCGGAACUAUAUGAAAUUAUAAUUGGUAUGGAAUGGGCAAUGCAAUGGAAUUAUGAUCGUAUUUGUGUGCAAUCUGAUUCCUAUGGAGUAGUUCAAGCUCUACAAAGCUCUUCUAUUCCUUGGUUUGCAAGAACAAGAUGGGAGAGGUUAUGCAAUCAUUAUAUUUCUAUAAGGAUUAUUCAUACUUUCAGAGAGGUGAAUUUUUCAGCAGAUAAGAUGGCUAAGAAUGGUUGUUAUCUAGAUAAUGAAGAGGGAAUUCAAUAUGAAGGAAGACCUGAUUUUUUAAUUUCUGUUGAAAACCCUAAUGUUUCCUAUUUUCGUUUCAAGUAG